AUGGAUUGUCGAGCGGUGCUUCUAUUUUCGUUGGCCGCGCUCUUUUUGUUUUUAUUCGCGCAUGCAGAUGGGCGUACGAAAAAAGUUGUGAUCCACGUGCCGUACAAAGUUAAGAAGAUAAAGCAUACGCACACGGUUUACAAGACGAUCCAUCAUCACCACACUCACCACGACCACCUAGACCACGGUACUUCGCCGUCGGAGGAGCAUGAGCACUUCCACCACAUGCACCUCCACGACGAGCCGCCUCUGGGACAGCACACCCAGCCAAUCCCAGGGAUCGGCAUCCCGGAGUUCCUGCCCGAUGUACCCCUGGACUUGCCGCUGCCUGACCUUCCGGAUCUCCACCGUGAAAUACCGUUGAUACCAAAGCGGCCACUGAUCCCUUUGUUUAGACAUUAA